AUGGAAUGGCUGUUAAAUGGCUGCCUCCCCUACAAACCUUUAUUUUUCAUCCCACCAUAUGUGUUAGUCACUGUCUCCAUCAGCAACAUUUAUUAUAUUUACCUUAAUCUAUUCAUAUUUAUCUUAUUCUUUCUCUAUACUUCCUUUCUUUUUUCUUUCUGUUCUUUCUUUCUUCACUCUGAACUUUCUUUCUCUCUUUUUUCUUCACUCUGUCCUUUCUUUCUUUUUUCUUCACUUUGUCCUUUCUUUCUUUUUUCUUCACUUUGUCCAUUCUUUUUUCACUGUGUACUUUAUUUUUUCUUCACUCUGUUCUUUCUUUCUUUCUUUCUUUCUUUCUUCACUCUGCUCUUUCUUCUUUCUUUUGCUCUGUUCUUUCUUUCAUUCUUCAUUUUAUGCUUCUGUACUUUCUUCUCACUGUUCUUUUUUCUCUUUUACUUCGCUCUGUGCUUACUUUCUUUCUUUAUUCACUCUGUUCUUUCUUUAUUCACUCUGUGCUUCCUCUUUUUCUUCACUUUAUUUUUUUCCUUCUUUCUUCACACUCUGCAUUCCUUCUUUCAUUCUUUCUUUCUUCACCCUGUUUUUUCUUUCUUCACUUUAUGCUUCCUCUCUUUCUUCACUCUUUUCUUUCUUUCCUUCUUUUUUCACACUGUGCAUUUUCUUUCUUUCUUUCUUUCUUUCUUUCUUUCUUUCUUUCUUUCUUUCUUUCUUUCUUCACUCUUUUCUUUCUUUAUCUCUUUCUGCACUCUGUUCUUUCUUUCUUUCUUUCUUCCCAGGUGUAUUAAUAUCUAUAUCAGUAAAUUUAUGCUUACUUGUAUCAAUUUAUCUAGGAUGGUGUAUGCAUCAUUUCAAUCCUGA